CGUCGGAUCGCACGCAGGCCAAUGAAACCACUUUGUGCCGAAAGGUCACAUGUCGCGCAAGCCGCCGCCGCCGCCGCUGGCGCCGAGCAUGACGGCUGCGAUCAUCGUCUCGUACAAGGGCGACCGGCUGAGCACAUACUACCAUGGCACCGGCACGGCCACGUUCAUCAACGGCCAAGUGUACUCGGGGUCCUUUUGGAUGGGCCACAUGCACGGGAAAGGGCGCAUCGUGUGGCCCGACGGCGUCAUUUACGAAGGCGACUUUGACUACGACGAGCUCAGCGGCGACGCCAAGUACAUGUGGCCCGACGACAGCGUGUACGAAGGCGGCGUGCGCUGCGGCCUGCGCCACGGCCUCGGGCGCUUCACGCAGGGCGACAUCUCGUACGACGGCGACUGGGUCGACGGCCGCGAGCACGGCGUCGGCGUGAAAGUCUACGACGCGGCCAAAGGCAUUUCGUACGAAGGCGACUGGAAACACGGGCUCCGCGACGGCGCGGGCGCCAUGCGCUACGGCCCAAAGCUACUGUACAAAGGUGGCUGGGUCGGCGGCAAGAGAACGGGCCGCGGGUGCAUGCAGUGGCUCGACCGGGCCGAGACGUACGACGGCGAGUGGCUCGAGGACCAGCAGCACGGGUGCGGCGUGCAGACGUGGAAGGUCGGCAAGCGCAAGAACCGCGAACACCGGUACGAAGGCGAGUUUGCCAACGGCGUUCGCGACGGCUACGGUGUCUUUUACUACGCCAACGGCGCGCGCUACGAGGGCCACUGGGAAGACAACGUCAAGCACGGGCUCGGGCUCUUCUUCUUUGAAGACGGCACCAUUUACGAAGGCGAAUUCGACAACGAUCGCAUGGUCGACAUGAACGACAACAAGCCCAAGAACGCCGAGUUGACGCCGACAAUGAUCUUGUAUGUCGAAGACCUGGUCAAAGGGACCGAGAAGGAGAAGGCGCGGGGGGUCAAAGCCGCUCAAAACGCCGUGCUACGGGCCAACACGGACCUCCGGUUCAUAUACCGGCACUAUGCCACGCGGCCAGAGGUGCCCAUGUCGGGCCCCCCGACGUCGGACAACCACUUGGAUUUAAUGGAGAUGCGGGAGCUCUGGCGCUUUAGCGCCGAGUGCCGCCUCAACGUGAGCUUGGGCAAGCUCAACCGGUACCUCCUCGUGGUCCGGAACGCGCAAAACAAAGCCGUCAAGAAGCUGCGGAUCCAGCGGGAGAAGAAGCGCCGGCACAUGAACGCGCGGGCCAUGGACGCGAUCGUGACGCCGCGGGAAAAGUGGACCGACAUCCACGACCCCGACCGCGUCGUGCUCUUCCGCGAGUUCUGCGAGAUCCUUGUGCGCAUCGCGUGGGACGACGCGCUGGAGCGGGGCGAGGUGGACAUGACGGUCGCUGACGCGUUCACGUACCUCUACGACUCCAAGAUCCACGACCACGCGUCGACGCACAUCGAGCCCAUGGAGGCGCUGAGCCUCGAAGUACUCGACGCGCCGCUCCAAGCGGUCUUUACCAAGUACCGCGACACGCUGGAGCCGAUUUUCGCGAAGUACGCGCGGCUCGACAGCGCCGUGCAGCCCCAGAACGACAUUCACAUUUCCGUGCGCAGCUUUAUGCUGCUCUUGCGCGAGUUCAGCGCGAUGGGCAGCUUGGGCGUCUCGGCAGUGCUGGCGCUGCUCCGGAAACCCUCGUCCGAAGACGACGACGGGCUGGACCCGUUCGCGCUUGAGGCAGAUCUGAUCUACCCCGAGUUCCUCGAGGCGCUCACCAAAGUCGCGCGCGCCAUCAUGGGCGUGCCCAGCGUGCCGCUGCCCGUGACUGUCGCUCAGUACAUCCACGCGACCUUCCUCCGCGACAAGGCGCCGCAGCACUUGCGGCGCAACUCGUUCACGCGCCGGCAGUCGACGCUCGUUGACUCAGGUCCCAUCGAGGACUAUUGUAGCUUUGAAUAG